ACAAAAAAAAAUUAACAUCCGAAAACCAACAAAGUCAACAAAGUCGACAAACUACAAUAACUGAAAUAAUCCGAUCCAAUACUCCGCAUAAAGGUAAUAGGCGUAAAGAACUAAAUCAAGCAGUUGUCGAAUGGAUACUUCUUAAUAACGAACCAUUAUCUGCAUCAAGAAAAAAAGGAUUUCAUCGCAUGAUGGCAAAAGUUGAUCCAAAAUUACGUCCACCUUCUGAUAGAGUAGUAAAAAAUGAAAUCUCUUUAAGUUAUUUAAAAAACAUUACCAUUCUUCAGCAGGAGAUUGGCUUAUCUUGCGAAACUGCUACAAUAACCACCGAUUUGUGGACGUCGCGUAAUAAUCAAGGAUACAUUGGAGUUACUUGUUAUUGG